CAAGUUUGUUUUUCUUUCUGGAAAAUUUCUGAAAUUAAUCCAAAAAUUUCCGAGUUUUUUCUUGCACAUUUUCAGCUUCCUGAGCUCAAAGAAUCUCCAACUUUUUUCUAGAAAAUGUCUGACCCAAAUGUAAAAAUUUGAGGGUUUUUUUGGCGGAAAUUUGCUCCUUUUUUCCUACCUACAAUGACCGCAAGCCGGAGCACCGACUUCCAGCGGUUUCCAGCCCCGCAGCCAGGCUGAGCAUCCGGGAAGCGGAACCUGGAAUGCCGCUUUGCUUUUCUUUCCUUCCGCUCUUCAGACCCGGCAAUGAUGGAGGAGCAAAAAGCGACAUGAUUGGUGGAUGCAGCAGGCAGCGGCGGAGAAAUGCAAACCCCUCGGCUUUGUUGCAUUAGAGGGGGGAACGCCGGAUCCUGCGGUGGGAAGCGGACUGGAUCCUCCCGCAGCUCUGCGGUAAGAACAAAACCCAGACACACAGCAAUGCGAUUCAGUGAGAAGGGUGGAAAAAAAAAAAAGAAAAAAGAAACAGCCCGGGGGUGCCGCGAUAGCUCUCAGACAAACCCGGCUCGGCUUGCUUUGCGUGACAGCUGCGGGACCAAUGGAAACAUGCGGGAAGCCAGCUGCGCUAAAGGCUGCAGCCAAUGGAAAAUGUGAGAUCCGGAGAGCCGAGGUUAGGCUGGCUGCAGCAGCCAAACUUCCCAGUGAAAUUUAAAAAAAGGCUGUUUGUGUUUUGGCUGCUGCAGAGGCCAUUUUAGAUGCUGUGAACGGAUAGAAGAUGAAAAUCCUCAAGAAGGACAAGCAGCAGAUGUUCACUGGCCUCCCGAAGCACACGCCGCCUCCAGCCUCCGCCGCCGCCGCCGCCUCGGACCAAGGCAGCAUCGCACAAACCGCAGUUCCCACAAUCCCUCGGGGACACCUGGUCGUCGGCUCCAAGGACCAGCUCCGGAUCCUCACCCCAGUGGGCAGCACAUCGACGGCCAAUCACUGCGCGGCGGUCAGCGUGCACGCUGCCAGGUCCCACGCCUCCUUGAACGAGGAAGAUGAGGGAGGAGGCGGGGGCAGGGUGAAGAAGAAACGGAAGAAAAAGGACAAGAGGCAGUGGGAGAAAGUCGACGCCGAAGAGGAGGAGAAGGAGAGCAACAAACCAAAGAGACAAAAGGAGGAGAAGGAGACGACUGUGCUGACGCUGAGGAGGAGCAAAGAGCCCAAGGAGGGGAAGGAGGGGAAGGAGGGGAAGGAGAGGAAGGAGCGGCGCACCAAGGGGAAGGGCAGCCGGAAGGAGAGCGGCGCUGAUCCCAGGAAUGCGGCAGGUGGGAAAACCUCGGAGCCGCCCGCGGCUUCUGGACCGGUUCCAGUCCCGGUCAAAAUUCCUGGGAAAAGAGGUCGGAAGCCGAAGGUUAAAGUCGUCCCUCCUGUGCCGGCCAACCAAGCCGGGCCUCAAGUAAACAACAGCCAGGCCGCCCAGAUCCACGGGAAGAGUCAUGGCCAGGCCAACAGCAAGACUGCAGCCCCCACGGCGCCAAAGCAGAGGGGCCGCAAACCCAAAGACCCAGGUGCGCCGCCGCUGGAGAAGAAGAAGAAAGGGAAGAGGAGAAACCAGGAGCUGGCCGUCCAGGAGGGGGCGGAGAGCGACGACGCCACCUCAACGUCGGCGCUCAACAUGGGAGGCGACGACAGCCAGGACCCGCUGGACAACGCCAAGCGGCGUUCGGGUCGACAGGUCAAAAGGAGGAAGUACAACGAAGACUUGGACUUCAAGGUGGUGGACGACGACGGAGAGACGAUCGCCGUUCUGGGCGCCGGGCGCAUCUCGGCGCUCAACGCUACGGCUCUGGCAUGGCAGGCAGAAGAACCUCCAGAGGACGAGGCCAACAUCAUCGAGAAAAUCCUGGCUGUCAGAAAAAUGAAGAAAGAGGCUUCAUCAGAGGACCAAACGGAGGACAUGGAGGAGUUUUAUGUCAAAUACAGAAAUUUUUCCUACCUGCACUGCAAAUGGGCCACUUUGGAAGAGCUGGAGAAAGAUCCCAGAAUCCACCAGAAGAUCAAACGUUUCAGGACCAAACAGGCUCAGAUGAAGCACCUGUUCACUGAGCCCGACGACGACAUAUUCAACCCAGACUACGUGGAGGUCGACCGCGUCCUGGAGGUGGCCGUUACCACGGAUACGGAGACGGGCGAGGAGGUGACCCACUACCUGGUGAAGUGGUGCAGCCUGUCGUACGAGGAGGCGACCUGGGAGCUGCAGGAGGACCUGGACCCGGAGAAGAUCCGGGAGUUCGAGGAGAUCCAGAAGCGUCCGGCGGACCUCAGACACAUGGAACGCCCAGCUCCAGAUAAAUGGCAGAAGCUGGAGCGCUCCAGAGAUUACCGUAACGGAAACCAGCUCAGAGAAUACCAGCUGGAGGGGAUGAACUGGUUGAUGUUCAACUGGUACAACAGGAAAAACUGCAUCCUGGCAGAUGAAAUGGGUUUGGGGAAGACGAUCCAGUCGAUCACGUUCCUGUACGAAAUCUUCAAAAUGGGCAUCCGCGGGCCGUUCCUCAUCAUCGCCCCGCUGUCCACCAUCACCAACUGGGAGCGGGAGUUUCGCACCUGGACGCACAUGAACGUCAUCGUGUACCACGGCUCGCAGAUCAGCCGCCAGAUGAUCCUGCAGUACGAGAUGUUCUACCGAGACCAGCAGGGCAACACGAUCUCAGGCGGGCUGAAGUUCCACGGCCUGAUCACCACCUUCGAGAUGAUCAUGGCCGACUGUCCGGAGCUGAAGAAGCUGCAGUGGCGCUGCGUUGUGAUCGACGAGGCCCACCGCCUCAAGAACAGGAACUGCAAGCUGCUGGAGGGGCUGAAGCUCAUGAACCUGGAACACAAGGUGCUUCUGACCGGGACGCCGCUGCAGAACUCGGUGGAGGAGCUGUUCAGUCUGCUGAACUUCCUGGAGCCGCAGCAGUUUCCCUCAGAGAGCUCCUUCCUGGAGGAGUUCGGAGACCUGAAGACGGACGAGCAGGUGAAGAAGCUUCAGUCCAUUUUAAAACCAAUGAUGCUGAGGAGACUGAAGGACGAUGUGGAGAAAAAUCUGGCGCCUAAAGAGGAAACCAUCAUCGAGGUGGAGCUGACGAACAUCCAGAAGAAAUACUACCGGGCCAUCCUGGAGAAGAACUUCUCCUUCCUGUCUAAAGGAGCAAACCAACACAACAUGCCGAACCUCAUCAACACCAUGAUGGAGCUCCGAAAGUGCUGCAACCACCCGUACCUCAUCACAGGCGCGGAGGAGAAGAUUCUGGAAAGCUUCAAGAAGAGCCACAGCCCGGAGGCGCCGGACUUCCAGCUGCAGGCGAUGAUCCAGGCGGCCGGGAAGCUGGUUCUGAUCGACAAGCUGCUGCCCAAGCUGCUGUCGGGGGGCCACAAGGUGCUGAUCUUCUCCCAGAUGGUCCGCUGCCUGGACAUCCUGGAGGACUACCUCAUCCAGAGGCGCUACACGUACGAACGCAUCGACGGCCGAGUGCGGGGGAACCUGCGGCAGGCGGCCAUCGACCGGUUCUGCAAGCCCGACUCGGACCGCUUCGUGUUCCUGCUCUGCACCCGGGCCGGAGGGCUGGGAAUCAACCUGACGGCCGCCGACACCUGCAUCAUCUUCGACUCGGACUGGAACCCGCAGAACGACCUGCAGGCUCAGGCUCGAUGCCAUCGGAUCGGACAGAGCAAAGCGGUGAAAGUCUACAGACUGAUCACCAGAAACUCGUACGAGAGGGAAAUGUUCGACAAGGCCAGCCUGAAGCUGGGUUUGGAUAAAGCCGUUCUUCAGGACAUCAACCGCAAAGGAAGCCUCAACGGGGUGCAGCAGCUUUCCAAGCUGGAAGUGGAGGAUUUGUUGAAGAAGGGAGCGUACGGCGCGCUGAUGGACGAGGAAGACGAAGGCUCCAAGUUCUGCGAGGAAGACAUCGAUCAGAUCCUGCAGAGGCGGACGCAGACCAUCACCAUCCAGUCUGAAGGGAAAGGCUCCACGUUUGCAAAGGCCAGCUUUGUGUCGUCCGGCAACAGAACGGACAUUUCUUUGGACGAUCCAAACUUCUGGCAGAAAUGGGCAAAAAUCGCUGAGGUGGAAAUCGACUCCAGAUCAGAGAAGGAGUCCCUGGUGAUCGACACGCCGCGCGUCAGGAAACAAACCCGCCACUACAACUCCUUCGAGGACGACGAGCUGAUGGAGUUUUCCGAGCUGGACAGCGACUCGGAGGAGCGGCCGUGCCGGACCCGUCGCCUUGGCGACCGCACCCGGCGGUACCUCCGCGCCGAGUGCUUCCGGGUGGAGAAGAAUCUCCUGAUCUUCGGUUGGGGUCGGUGGAAGGACAUCCUGAACCACGGUCGGUUUAAAUGGCACCUGGCGGAGAGAGACAUGGAGGUGAUCUGUCGGGCUCUGCUGGUUUACUGCCUGAAACACUACAAAGGUGACGACAAGAUCAAGAGCUUCAUCUGGGAUCUGAUCUCUCCUUCUAAAGACGGACAGGACCAGGCGCUGCUCAACCACUCGGGUCUGUCUGCUCCGGUUCCUCGGGGCAGGAAGGGGAAGAAGCUGAAGAAUCAGCUGAACGUUCCCGACGUUAAAAACGCUGACUGGCUCGUCCACUGUAACCCAGAGGUGGUGCUGCAGGACGAGAGCUACAAGAAGCACCUCAAACAGCACUGCAACAAGGUGCUGCUGAGGGUGAGGAUGUUGUACUACCUGAAGGUGGAGGUUCUGGGUGAGGCUGCUAAUCAAUCUCAGGAGGGGGUACCUGCCAGUAAGCUGGAGGUGUCGCUGCCUGACAUCGACUACAUUGAGAUUCCAGUGACUUGGUGGGACACAGACGCUGACAAGUCUCUCCUCAUAGGAGUCCACAAACACGGAUACGAGCGUUACAACGCCAUGCGCGCCGAUCCGGACCUCUGCUUCCUGGAAAGAGUCGGGAUGCCGGACGUCACAGCUCUGUCUGCAGAGCAGGGAGGAUCGGAGGCGGCUGCCGAGCUGACGGACAGCAGCUGUAAAACGGAGGAGGCGAAGGAGAAGCCGGAAAGCAAAGCGAACGGAGAGGAGGAUCAAGACGACAACAGACAGGGGGAGGAAACCUGUUCCAGCGUCGACACAUCAGAGAAACCCGACAGCACGGCUCAGGCCGAGGCGGCGGACCAGCAGCAGCAGCAGAAAGACGUUCCAGAUUCCCAGACGCCAGCCGACCCGUGCAACCAAGAUGGACCCCUGGUUACCACGACGACGACGGGCACCGGGUCGGGCGUGGCGUCUCUUCACGUCGUCCAGGCCCGGCCGCUGUGGCCCACCGGCCCGGCCCUGACGGCCCGGUUCCGCCGCCUCAUCACGGCCUACCAGCGCUUCACGCUGCGCAGGGAGCCACUGCUGCGGCACGACUUCCUGCUGCACGACGGCCUGGUCGGCAUGGCGAUGGGGGGCGCGGGGUCGGCUCACGGCCACCACGGCGGCGGGCCGCUGGCCUGGCAGCUGGGCGAGGAGCUGAGGAGGUGCUCGGUGGUUUCCACGGAGACGGACCCAUUGUUCCUGGAGUGGCAGAGGAGGUGGACCCGCCGGGAGCAGGCGGACUUUUACCGCACCGUUUCGUCCUUCGGCGUCGUGUACGAUCCGGAGAGGAAGGCGUUCGACUGGUCCCAGUUCAGAGCGCUGGCCCGGCUGGAGAGGAAGACGGACGAGAGCCUGGAGCGAUACUUCAACUCGUUCGUCAACAUGUGCAGGACGGCCUGCAAGCUCCCGCCGAAGAAGGAAGAAGGGUUGGCAGAUCCGGGCGUUCUCGUGGAGCCGCUGACUGAAGAGCGCGCCGCCAGGACGCUGUAUCGCAUCGAGCUGCUGAGGAAGAUCCGAGAGCAGGUUCUGCGCCACCCGCUCCUGUCGGCCCGCCUCCAGCUGUGCCGACCGUCCCUCUACCUCCCCGUCUGGUGGGAGAGCGGGAAACACGACCGGGACCUGCUGGUCGGCGCCGCCCGCCACGGCCUGAGCCGCACCGACUUCUACAUCCUCAACGACCCGCAGCUCAGCUUCCUGGAGGCUCACAGGAACUACGUCAGGCGGCACCCGGCUCAUCUUCACCCCCAGAGCCAUCAUCACCCUCACCACCCUGGGAUGGCGGCGUCUGCGUCCCAGCUUCCUCACUGCUGCCUGUACGAGUCGGGGCUCGGCCAUCACUCCCCUCAGCCUCCGGAGUAUCCGCAACAGGCCUCCAACCACCACCAGCACCACCAGCCGCCGCCGCCCACGCCUUCGCCCUCCUCUUCCUCAUCCUCCUCCUCUCACCCCCACCUCCACCCUCCGCCGCUGGACGCCAGGGACUCCGGCUCGCCCAGCCUGGGCAUGGUACCGGGGUCGCGGGUGGACUUCCUGGACUGCGCUCCGUUGGAUGAGACGCUGGAGCUGGGGGCGCUGCAUCACGACUCCGACGCCUUGCACGGCGGGAAGGUCUCCAAGGACGCGCUCAACGGGUUCCCCUUCAACUCCGCCACCGGGGGUCAGAGCAUGCUCAACUCGUACGGAGUGGGCGGAGCCGACCUGGACGCGAACCUGAGGAGCGACGUCCUGGUUGGAGAGCAGGGGUCGUCGGAGGAAACGGGGCUGCUGGCGCCGUCGGUGGAGCUGGACCAGCUACAGGCUCCCUGGGACAGCGCGGAUCACACCAGUCCAGCUGAGCACAUGUUCAACGAGUCCGACCCCAUCCUCGGCCCAGCCGCCCUGGAGACGGGCUUCCUGGAGGAGGAGGAUGAGGAGGCUCAGGGCGGAGACCGAGGAGGAGAGGAAGGAGGGACUCUGGAGGAGUGUCUCGGCCUCCCGCCUUCGUCGUCCCCGUCUCACCCUUCGACGGGGGAUUCAGUGGAGCCGCUGUCGUCGAGCUACAUGCUUUUUAAGGACAUCGGGGUGAACGAAGAGGCCAGUCCGGAUCAAACGGACCUGUCGGCCAGUCCGCCGCUGCCCUACGUCCCGCCGCCGCCCCUCUCUUUACCCGACAUCACCGCCCACGAGCCGCAGGAUGGACUCGGCCACGCAAACGUCUCCGCGAGCUUGAUCCACCCAGCGGAGGACGGAGACGACCAGGAAGGAGGCGCUGGGUUUGAAUUCGUAGACAAAGACGAAGAGGAAGCAGAGAAGGAAGGUGCGGACCGUGGCGUCCUGGUUGGGCCGCAGAUGGAGGACGGAGAACAGGAGCCGGAUAAGACGGAGGAGAUCCUGCAGCGGCUUUCUCCGGACCUCCAGGACGACGGCGAGGAUUUGUCCCGGGAUGUGCAGCCGUACCUGGGGAAGCUGGAGCAGGACGGCAGCUUGGCGUGUCCGGCGUCCAUCGAGGCGCCGCCAGAAGACGUGGACGGCCUGAUCCUGUAUCAAACCGAAGAGGAACGCUCGAUGGACAGUUCUCUUGACGCCGAGGCGUUUAUCCGCAGCGAAACCGGAGAGUUUUUGGAAAUGAAGGAGAGCUCCCAAAGUUCUGGUGGUGGUUUUGGCGCGGAUCAGGUUAACGAGAUCUCCGAGGGUCGGCUGGACUGCGUCUGUCUGGGCGACGCUGCGGAGGAACCGAUGGAGGACAAACCCGGUCUGAUGGCGCUGGCCGGGUCAGAGCUAGCAGAACCCGGAGAGCGCACCGUCUCAGUGGAUCCCGACCUGAACCGGAGCGAAACUUCGUCUUUCUCUCUGGAUCGGGAAAAUCUCCUGGAUCAAAAUGACAUCAAGGCUGAUUUGACUUUAAACGACGUCGAUGCGAAGUCAUCGGAUCUUAAGUUCUCCAUCGAUGAAGAGAGGAAGCCACUGCGGUUUGUGGUUCCGAAAACCGAGGCAGCGGAGGACGUCUGCCCAGACAGCUCCGACAUCAAGCAUUCCCGUUUCCUCUCCUUCCCCGUGAAGUCCGAGGACACCAAAGCCGAGCAGCUGGAGUUUCCUUUGCGAGCGCCGUUGCUCGACGUCAAACCCGAAGACCUCAGCUUCUCCAUGAAGUCCGAGAGCUUCGACGUCAAACCCGAAGUCCUGCAGUUCGUCGCUUUCUCCGACUGCGGCAAAAUCAAACCGGAAGUGAAGCCGGCCGACCUGCGGUUCGCCGUCUACCCGGACGGCGCGAGGUUCAAGGCGGAGAUGAAACCGGAAGCUCUGAGGUUGGCCGGAUUUCCAGAGACGUCCGCCAUCAAACCCGAAAGCAAACCCGACGCUCUGGAGUUCGCGGCGUUCUCGAACGGCUCUGGGAUCAAAGCCGAGGUGAAGCCGGAGGUUCUGGAGUUCACAGCCUCGCCUGAGGUGAAGGUGGAGAUGAAGCGGGAGACGCUGGAGGCGGACAGCACGGUCCUGACGCCGAAGCUGGAGCAGGGCGAGGCGGUGGCGGCGGCGGCGGAGAGUCCGCUGAAAGGCCAGGUGAAGGAGGAGAGGCCGAGCUCCCCGGUUCCUGCGGUGGAAGGAUAUCCCGGCAGUCCGAGGUUUGCAGCUCCGGCUUCCAUGUGCGAGAUUCCCGACGGGCUGCAUGAGAGCCGGGAGCCGACCAUCGCUCAGCUGCUGCAGGAGAAAGCGCUCUUCUCCUUCUCCGAGUGGCCGAAGGACAGAGUUAUUAUCAACCGGCUGGACAGCAUCUGCCACGCCAUCCUGAAGGGAAAAUGGCCGUCAUCGAGCGAACAAUACGACUCCCCUGGCUCCGUGGCAGCCAACUCGUGCCUGGCUAACAGUUUAGCGCAGCACCACCACCACCGAGCCGGGUUCCUGCCCGGCACGGGCCCCGGCGCCGGGCCGGGCCAGCCGCGGGUCCAGCAGGGCGGCCUGGGGUUCCCCGUCCCGCCGCCCCUCACUCGACUUCCCAAGUACGUGCCGCGGGGCGCCGCAUGUGGGCGCGCAGCUUGGCGCCUCACCUCCUUGCCUCUCUUGCAGGAGAGGCUCGUGGCUCCUCCCUUCCUCCCUGAGCUCAAACGGGCCGGAGGUCGCCGGUCCUUCGACUACGAAGCCGCCGCAGCCGCCGCGGCCGCUAAGAUCUUAGCCGGGAAGUGUGCGUCGCCGAGCCACACGAGCGCCGCCGCUGCCGCCAGCAGCUCCAGCGAAGAGAAGGUGGCGGUGGUGGCCACUCCGUCCCACCGCGCCGGCGCCAUGCUGAACGGCUGGCAGGAAGCGGCGAUCGAUCUGACAAAAUCCUCUGGAGAGAUCAGCACCACGAGCGGCGCGGGGACGAACGAAGCAGCUGGAAUCGGCCACCCCAACGCCGGCGCUGCAGGCAGCCACAAGCUGCCGCCGCUGCCGCCCAUCACGGCGCCGCUGCCCGGCUCGGUGGGGAUCGACAUGUCGGGCAUCCUGCAGGCGGGGCUCAUCCACCCGGUCACAGGGCAGAUCGUCAACGGGAGCCUGAGGGGAGACGACUCCCUGAGGAGGAGGAGAGGGCGACGGAGAAACGUGGAGGCUCUGUACUCCGAGUUCGCCAAGAGCCGAGGGCUGCACCUGCCGGAGGCUCAGGCUCGGGUUGAGGCCAUCAGCCACUCCUCCGUGUCGUCCUCCACCUCCUCGCCGUCCCCGUCUCCGUCCGAGCGGCCUGCCGGUCCUCCCACGCCCUCCUCCUCCUCCACCCCCACCCCCACCCAGACGCCUCCUCAGCCAGAGAUCGUGGCCAUCGACAGGGAAGCGGCCAGCAAAGGCCUGAUCGAGUGGCUGAGGCAGAAUCCGGGCUACAGCAUGGAUCUGCCGGCUUUCGCUCACUCGGGAGCGAGUCUCCUGCACGGCUUUGUGGAGCGUCCCAAACAGAGGAGGCAUCGCUGCAAAGAUCCCACCAAGCUGGACAUCAACACUCUGACGGGGGAGGAGAGAGUCCCCGUAGUUCACCGGGGAACAGGACGCAGGCUUGGUGGCGCUAUGGCUCCGGCUAUCAAGGAGCUUUCCAGGUGGCUUGAUGCGAACUCGGAGUACUUCGUCGCUCCAGACUGGGCCGACGUGGUCAAACACUCUGGUUUCCUUCCUGAGGGGAAGUUCUCUCGGAUCCUGACGGAACCGGUCAACCGGGACCCGGGUUCGCGUCGCCGCGGACGACGGCCGCGCAGCGAGAUGCCGAAGCCGCUGCUGUCCGUGUCGGACUCCGCCUCCCCGGGCAUCGGCCCGCCGCUCUACAUGAACGGCGGCCUGAUCGGCAGCAUGGACUCCAUCGUGACCCUGCAGAACCUCCGCGGCGCCAUCCCCGGGAUCCCCAUCAUGGCGGCCGGAUUCCCACACGGAUUCCCCGCGGGGAGUGGCGGGUCGGCGGCGGACGACGCCAAGAACGGGCUGAGCAUGCUGCCCAUGAUGCUGCACGGCAUCCAUCACCCGCACGGCGCCGCCGCCGGCAUCCCGCAGCACGCCCUGUUCAGCGUCGGCACCAUGAUGGCGCACGCUCCGCCGCCGCCGCACUCGUCCGCCUCCGCUUCUGCAUCCACCGUCACCACGACAACCGCAGCGUCGGAGGCAGCCAGCCCGUCAUCGACGACCGCCGCCGCUGAUCGAGAGAGCGACAUGGAGAAGCCAGCAGAGGGCGCCAAGCGGCCGGCGGAGACGGCGGCGGCCGUCAUCACCUCCACCAGCAGAGUGCAUCACACCUUCAACCCCUUCCUGAUCCCCGGCGUGUCGCACGGCCUGCUGUACCCGCACAUGUUCCUCCCCCAUGGCGGCAUCAUGGCGCUGCCCGCCGUGGCGCCGGGCGGCGCCGAUGGCGUGCCGGGAAGCCCCAAAUGGAGGAGGAAACGGGCGAGGGAGGAGGAGGAGAGAGAGAGGGGGAAGGCAGGAGACGCGGAGGAGAGAGAAAGUACAGUUACCGCCUCCGCGUCCUCGUCCGCCUCGCCGCCGAGCGAGGAGAGCCGGGCCGGCCGGGCGGAACCGGACUCCAUCAGCCACGGCGAAAAAGCUGCGGCGCCGGAGGAGAAGGAGGACGGGUCGGAGGAGACGGGGGACGAGGUGGACAGACGGGACGGCGAGGCGGCGUAG